CAGCGCAGCUUCAUGUUUUCCCCAAGUUGGCCGACAGAAGUUGCAGUGUGAGAGCCGUUGGUAAAGAUAAGGAACCAUGGACAAGCUUCGACGUGUGCUCAGCGGCCAGGAGGAUAACGAAGAGCUGGGCCUCACCGCUCAGGUCCUGGACACCUCCUCACUCAGCUAUAGCACACGUGUGAAGUGGUUCAUCAUCUGUUUCGCUUCUGGCAUCCUUUGCUCCAUACUGGGAACAGCACUCCUCUUCUUGCCAAAUGGCAUUAAGCUCUUUGCUGUCUUCUACACACUUGGAAACAUUUCAGCCUUGGCAAGCACCUGCUUCCUGAUGGGACCUCUGAAACAACUGAAGCGAAUGUUCGAUCCCACCCGGUUGAUUGCCACAUGUGUGAUGCUGCUCUGCCUCAUUUUGACUUUGUGUGCAGUUUUUUGGUGGCAGAAAAAGGUACUGGCCAUUCUCUUCUGCAUAUUACAGUUCUUGGCAAUGACAUGGUACAGCAUUUCCUACAUUCCCUUUGCCAGGGAUGCUGUCAUGAAGUGCUUCACAACCUGCCUGAGUUAAAGCUCAUCUCCAUUUCAUAUUAAGACUGGUGACAAAAGUGUAAUAUAUUUUCUUAUCUGUGCCUUUAAGGUUUUCCUACAAGCCUGCUUUAUUAGUGUUUACUAAAUCCUUUAAUUAUACUUGGAAAAUUGAGUUUUUUGUGUGUGCUUUUUAUGUGAGGGUGAAUGCUUGAUGAAAUAUUAACCUUUAAAAUACUGUAUCCUAAAAGAUCUUCCUGUGAUUUUCUUUGAAAGGGGGUCAAGUUGGAUUUUCAAAUUUUACAGGCAACAUGUAUAAAACAGUACUUAAUGAAGAUAUUGUGUGUAUAUAUGAAAGAGGGGUGCAGUGUUUCUAAUUGCAGUCCUGGAGACAAACUAGGUAUUCAGAUGUCUCAUUCUGCACUACAGGUGAUGUACCAUGAUUAGUUACUAUAGUGUUGGAAAAGAUUUACAUAUGAUUUUCAGCAGCAAUACAAUAAGCUUGUUUUUCAUAUGAAAACUUUGCCCCUGAAAAUAAAUUUACCCCCCCAUCAUUGUUUCUUGUGUCUUGUAAUAACAAUUAAUAAAGUAAAAGUCCUUCUCAAUGAAGAAUUCUGACCAGAGCAAAUAAUAAGCUAGGCUUUGUGUGCAUAAGGCACUGAUAUGUUAAAAUGCUGCUGUUGUAUCUGUUUCACAUGGCUGUUAGACAGUGCUGUUCUGGAGUGAUUACAAAAUGAUUAGAUGUGUGAGGGCCCUGGUCCACCUCACAGGGAUCCUUCCCCCCCCGUUGCUUUAGCUGAAGAAGCAGAUUCAGAAAUGUAGCUCAAAUACAAAUGCAGUGGAAAUUUUAUUUACUAUGCUUAGGUAAAAUAAUGCUCAGUCACUGGCAGUUUCAUAUUCUGUUGUGUUCUAUACCAGUUUGACUUGCCUUAUUAAGGCUUUGUAACAUGAAGUAGUUUGCAUACUUGAUGAGGUUUGUUUGAGGUGAGCAGAAAAUUUCAGUUCCUGGAGACUUUGUUACCAGGGCAACAGAAAACAAUUCUGUUUACCACACCUAUCUAUACCGAAAACAUGUGUUGACCAUUGUAUUGAGGAGAAUUGGUUUGUGUGGCUCAGCCCUUUGAUGUGGCAAUUUAAAAACAAGGGAAUGUUUUUAUUAUUCUCUGCAGCUUAUGCUGCAUAAUGUGGUGGUUGGCAUUUACUGGCCAAAAAAAAAAAAAAAAA